AAUGAAAGGGCAAAAACUGACUGGAACAGUGACAUUUAAACUCUUUCAUUGUUCAAACUAGUUUCUAUCAUGGAUUUUCAAGCUACAGUUAUUUAAAAAAUGCACAAACUACAGUGGAUAUGAAUCUAACUAGAUUUUCUGUUAUUGCUCUUUACUGUCUGUUUUAAGCUAAUGUUUUCAAGAUCAAAUCCAUUUUCAUGCUCAAGAUUAGAAGUUUAUUCAAGUGUUUGCAUGACAAGUUUUACUGUAAUUGGUGGUAUAUUUAUAGUUUUAGGGGUUUCCCUGGAUUUACGAUCUUUAUUUGAUUUUGUCAGAGCUGCUUCAUCGAUGGACGACUCUCUGGCUGAACACAAGAGUUGCACCAGCAGUGAAAUGAGCUCAUUGGCUGCGGACCAGACGUGCAAGUCUGGAUGUCUUGAUGCUGGUGGAAGUGGUUUGAGUCAAGGAGAGCUGGAUCAAGCUACCCAAGCUUUAGAGAACCCACAUUGUUGUAACGAGUGUGGGAAAGUCUUCAGGCGGUCAUCAUAUUUGAAACAUCAUAUGCUCAUCCACACUGGAGAAAAACCUUACCUCUGUGACCAGUGUGGAAAGGCUUUCAGACAGUCAGGACAUUUGAAUCGUCACAUGCUCAUCCACACUGGAGAAAAGCCUUACAUGUGUGACCAGUGUGGAAAGACUUUCACACAAUCAAUUGAUGUGAAACGUCACUUGCUCAUCCACACUGGAGAAAAACCUUACCUCUGUGACCAGUGUGGAAAGGCUUUCAGACAGUCAGGACAUUUGAAUCAUCAUAUGCUCAUCCACAUUGGAGAAACUGCAGCUCCACUGAAAGACGACGCAGCGCCAGAAUCCAGAGCAGAGCCAGCAGGAAUCCAAGUGGUCGCCCCCAAACCUGAGUGCCAAGAGUUUAUUUAAUGAGCUGCUGAUGUGAGGAUUUCACAUGAUCAACUUUUUUCUUUUGAAAAAUAAAGUGUAUUUC